AUGUGGCGCGACCGCAUUUCAGGCCAGUCUACCCCUUCGGGUGCUAAUUGCAAUCCCUCGUUACCUCGCCGAUCCUCCUCUCAGCUCUCCCGGGACCCCUACAGCAACCGCCCCAGAGCCGCCUCUAGAAACUCGUCCACUUCCCUGCUUUUAACUCCGAGCGACUCGACUACAUCUCUUCCGGGAACGGGAAGACCUUCCAAUGGCUUGGGGCUGAGACAAACAAGUGCGCAGCAGUCGCGCCCGGCUGUUGUCCCUGAUCCAUUGGAGGUAUUGAACGGGAUCAUCGGCAAGGAGAAACAGGCGAAAGACAUUCCACAGUUAUCAACCCUACCGGAUAGGCCGACCGAGCUAGUACAGGCCAUCAAUUUCGACGGAUUGAGCCUGGAGGAGUUUGUGGCCAAAGCUGACCCGACACCGGCUCGAAAGGCACGUGGCAGUGAUAUCAACGCGCAAACGAUCCAGCAGUUCGAGCAGGAGCGAGACAAGUUCGAGGAGUUGCACACGUCGAUCGCCGGCUGUGAUGAUGUGUCCGAGUCCGUUGAGCUGUACCUGAAUGACUUCCAGACCGAACUGGGGGCCGUAUCUGCGGAGAUUGAAACGUUGCAGACCCGCUCCACCCAGUUGAACGCGAUGCUGGAGAACAGGCGCAAUGUGGAAAAGCUGCUUGGUCCGGCCGUGGAAGAGAUCAGUAUUUCGCCGAAAGCCGUGCGCACGAUCGCCGAGGGGCCCAUGGAUGAGAACUGGGUGCGCGCCUUAAAUGAAAUUGAUGGUCGGACCACAAGUAUCGAAGCUAAGGCGUCUUCAUCCAAUGGAUUCAAGGCCAUUGAGGAUGUGCGCCCACUUUUGAUUGACGUGAAGAAUAAGGCGAUCGAACGAAUUCGGGAUUACUUGGUGUCGCAGAUUCGAGCAAUGCGAUCACCGAAUGUCAAUUCGCAAAUCAUUCAGCAGCAGCGACUAGUGAGGUUCAAGGACCUGUACAGCUAUCUUGCAAAAGCCCAUCCCAAACUUGCUGAAGAGAUUUCCCAGGCGUACAUCAACACAAUGCGCUGGUACUAUAAUUCCAAUUUUACUCGUUAUCUCCAGGCACUCGAGAAGAUCAAGGUCUAUCCCAGUGAUCGAAAUGAAGUUCUCGGAGGCGACCCCUCAUCACAUCGAACCGGAAAUAUUCUCCCUGGUGGCCGAGCUGGCUCUGCCGCACAUGAUCCUUUCUCACUGGGUCGACGUAUCGAUAUGCUCCGAACUGGAAACCAACAGGCGUUGUCCUCUUAUCUGGCGGAGGAAGAUAACACAUGGCACGGCAUCGAAGCGCCCUUCCGAAACUUCAACGUUGCCCUGGUGGACAAUGUAUCUGCAGAGUACUCUUUCAUGACCGAGUUCUUUUCUCCCCUGACAUUCCAUCGCAUCUCCCGCAAGGCCGUGGAGAUAUUCGAGCCUGUAUUUACGCUCGGCCAGAACCUGACGAAGAAACUGAUCGAGCACAACACGGAUUCUCUGGGUGUUUUGAUGUGUGUCCGCCUGAACCAACACUCUGCAUUCGAGCUCCAGCGACGCAAGGUGCCUGUCGCCGACUCAUACGUCAACGGGAUUAACAUGCAGCUGUGGCCUCGCUUCCAGGUCAUCAUGGACCUACACGCCGAGUCGCUCAAGCGGGUUGGGUCGAAUACUGGUCGCAGCGCGGUCUCUGCCUUGUCAAUAGCAGGUGGAGAUGACCUGAAGAACUCAUCGGCGCCGCAUUUCCUGACCCAACGGUUCGGUCAACUCAUGCAUGGGAUCUUGGUUCUGAGUAGCGAUGCCGGAGACGACGAGCCCGUGUCUAACAGCUUGGCCCGGCUACGCACCGAGUUCGAUGCUAUGCUGGCGAAACUGAGUCGAAACGGGACGGACGCGAAGCGCAGAGAACGAUUCCUCUUCAACAAUUAUUCAUUGAUCUUAACCAUCAUUAGCGAUACCCAAGGCAAAUUAGCAGUCGAGCAGAGACAGCACAUGGACGAGAUGCUUAAGAAUUGUAGCAAGCGUUAG